GGAUGUGGACUUUAAAACAGCGUGUCUCAACAUCUCAUCCUCAACUAUCUAUUUUAAAUCUGAUUGCACUACAAAGGAAAAGCUGCUAAUGAGAUAAAUGUUGAGACUUUACAAGAACUGACUUAAAGUACCGAAAGCCAUUAUUACUAUUAUUAUCAAUCAAGAAGAGCUUGAAGCUGAGUCUGUAUCUGGUAUUAUUUUCACAGUAACAGUCAUGGCAAGUAAACGAAAAUCAACAACACCGUGCAUGGUCUUAGCCAAUGAGCAGGACCCAGAUCUGGAAAUGGUAUCAGACCUGGAGGAAGGACAACCUGUGCUCACGCCAGCAGAAAACCCCACAGCAGAGAGUGUAACAAGUGAUGAGGAUGUUCAUGAGUAUGUGGAUGCAGACAAUCAGAAAAAUACAAAUAAAGUAGAAGGUGGUUAUGAGUGUAAAUACUGUACUUUUCAGACUCCAGAUCUCAAUAUGUUUACUUUUCAUGUGGAUUCAGAACAUCCCAACGUAGUAUUAAAUUCAUCCUAUGUUUGUUUAGAAUGUAAUUUCCUUACCAAAAGAUAUGAUGCCCUCUCAGAACAUAAUGUGAAGCACCACCCUGGAGAGGAGAAUUUUAAAUUGACCAUGGUAAAACGUAAUAAUCAGACAAUCUUUGAACAAACAGUAAAUGAUCUCACUUUUGAUGGAAGUUUUGUUAGAGAAGAAAAUGCUGGACAGGCCGACUCUUCUGAGGUCCCGUCAUCAGGGAUCUCAAUUAGCAAAACUCCUAUCAUGAAAAUGAUGAAAAACAAAACCGAGGCUAAACGUAUCGCUGUUUUCCACAAUGUAGUUGAUGACAUUCCUGGUGAAGAAAAGGGAACUGAAAAUGAGCCAAACUCUGAAGAAGUAGUAGAAACCCCCCCACCAGCAGUUUCUGAGUCAAAACCAAGCCAUUCAGUUGUUUGCAGUGCAGCAGAUGUGGCUGGUGCAGUGGUGACCCCGGCACCAGUGCUUCAGCCUGGGGUGGCACAGGUUAUAACAGCUGUUACAGCUCCACAGAACUCAAACCUGAUUCCAAAAGUCCUAAUACCUGUAAAUAGCAUUCCAGCCUAUAAUACUGCUUUGGAUAACAAUCCUCUUUUGCUUAACACCUACAACAAAUUCCCAUAUCCAACCAUGUCGGAAAUCACUGUUCUUUCCACUCAAGCCAAGUACACAGAGGAACAGAUUAAAAUAUGGUUUUCUGCCCAGCGUCUGAAGCACGGUGUGAGCUGGACGCCAGAGGAAGUGGAGGAAGCAAGGAGGAAACAAUUUAAUGGCACAGUGCAUACUGUGCCACAGACAAUUACCGUUAUUCCAGCACACAUUUCUGCCGCUAGCAAUGGUUUACCUUCCAUUUUACAGACAUGCCAAAUAGUUGGUCAGCCAGGACUUGUUCUCACUCAAGUUGCAGGUGCAAAUACGUUACCGGUAACAGCCCCAAUAGCUUUGACUGUAGCGGGAGUCCCAAACCAAACACAGCUACAGAAGAGUCAGAUUCACAGUGCUCAGCCUAUUGCAGAAACCAAACAAGUAGCUGCUGUUCCAGCCCCUCAGCCCAUCAAAAAUGAAUCCACAGUGAUGAAUCCUGACUCCUUUGGCAUCCGAGCAAAAAAAACUAAGGAACAACUGGCAGAAUUGAAAGUCAGCUACCUUAAAAAUCAGUUUCCUCAAGACUCAGAGAUUGUUAGACUUAUGAAAAUAACAGGCUUGACUAAAGGAGAGAUCAAAAAGUGGUUCAGUGAUACACGCUACAAUCAGAGAAACUCAAAGAAUAAUCAUGGGAUUCACCUCAACAGUGAUUCAUGUGCCACCAUUAUUAUUGAUUCAAGUGAUGAAAUGAAUGAGUCCCCAACAGGAGUCACUCCACAGAGCAAGUCAUCAUGGAGUGCUUUUCCUGAUUUCACCCCACAGAAAUUCAAAGAGAAGACUGCUGAACAACUGCAAGUCCUUCAGGCAAGUUUUCUGAAUAACCCUGUCCUCACUGAUGAAGAGAUGAAUAGGUUAAGAGCCCAAACCAAACUGACUAGGAGAGAGAUUGAUGCCUGGUUUACAGAAAAGAGGAAAUCAAAUGUCUUGAAGGAAGAGGGAGCUGACUUGAAUGAAAGCAAUGCUGGCAGCUCAAAAGAAGAGGCUGGAGAAACAUCUGUGGGAGAUGGAGCAGCAGGAACAAAAUCAGGGUGUUCUACUUCAAGCAAAGUAGGCAAAAAAUCACCAGAGCAGUUGCACAUGCUCAAAAGUUCCUUUGUCCGUACUCAGUGGCCAUCUCCACAGGAAUACAACAAGCUGGCAGAAGAAACUGGGCUUCCAAGAUCAGAAAUUGUGAGUUGGUUUGGAGAUACUCGCUAUGCCUGGAAAAAUGGUGGAUUGAAAUGGUAUUACUAUUACCAGAGCGCCAGUGCAAACAGUCUGAACGGCCAAGGUUUUGCCAGGAGGAGAGGGAGAGGAAGACCAAAAGGGAGGGGAAGAGGGAGGCCUCGGGGGAGGCCUCGGGGAAGCAAGAGGUUAAAUUGCUGGGACAGAGGUGUGUCUGUCAUAAAAUUUAAAACUGGAACAGCAAUCCUGAAGGACUACUAUAUGAAGCACAAAUUCCUUAAUGAGCAAGACCUCGAUGAACUGGUAGCCAAAUCUCACAUGGGAUAUGAGCAGGUCAGAGAGUGGUUUGCAGAGAGGCAAAGAAGAUUAGAUCUUGGAAUAGAGCUGUUUGAUGAGAACGAGGAGGAAGACGAAAUGCUGGACGAUCAGGAAGACGAGGAAGAAACGGACGAUAGUGAUACUUGGGAACCCCCCAGACAUGUUAAACGUAAACUUUCAAAAACAGACUGAUGUACAAUUUGGGAUUUGGGGGCCAAAAACCUAUGAAUUAGGUUUGAUGUUACAGUGAAGAGCCAAAUGAUUUUUCAUGGCCUUCAGUUUAGCAAGCAGCUGCUUAGCAUCUUUCUUCCACCUGCAAGAACAUGGGCAAGAUGCUACCUGUGGAGGCAACAACUGCUUGCUUCGUUGCUACAAGAGAUGAACAUCCUCAGGCCCAGCCUAGGACAGGGGGUUAUAAAUCAGAUCAAGUUCAGCUCCUUUUCCACGUCACUGAUGGGAAGGUUCAUGUUCAUCAUACAUGUGACUGCUUCUCAGUAUUUAAUUGCCUUAUGUUGUUUGAUUCCAAAAAAACACAGACACCUUUUUUUGUUGAUGUAGGAGAACAUUUUGCCUGCUCAUGAAGGAGGAAAAUACAAAAACCUUAGAUGUCUUUUUGGAAACAUCACUUCAUCUUAAAGGUUUCAAGGCCUGGGUUUAUUUCUUAAGGAAAGAGUUUGAAACAAAAAGAGAAGGGGAAAAGUGUGACAAAAGGAAUCAAUGAACCUAGGGGAGUACUGCUCUGAUGAUGCUACUUGUGCUGUCUCUGGAAUUCAGCUAAAGAGAGAAUACAGAUAAUCCUGAGCCAGAAUGGAGAGGGAAAAGAGCUAAAAGAAAGCAAGCAGUGUCACAACUGGGUGAGACAUCCCAGUAUUGUCCUCCUUCCUGGCAUGUUUUGUGCUUGCUUCUGAGUGCAGUGAAAGAGCACGGUUCCAUCUUAAACAGUACUGUUUUCCUGGUGUCAGCCUCUCAAUGACCCCAGAAUUAGUGUUGUAAAAAUAAAGUGAGACCUAUUCCUCCCUGAAGGUUUGAAUGAUCUAACAGUGCUGGCUUGUAAGAAGUGUUCUGACAGAAAGAGUAAAUUAUUUCAAUCACUAAUUUUUAGCACAUAGAAUUAUCUGCUUUGCUUGAAAGCAAAGGAGAGGAAAAGGUAUCUAUUACCUAAUGAUUAGAAUUUAGUGUAUUAUCUCUAAUACACUAUAGUAAAUGAGACCAUUCCCUUUUUUAACCUUUUCCAGUAUGAUUUUGAAAGUGUUUUUUUCGUUACAUUAUAUGUAAUAUGGUGUCUGAGUAUAACUUUGAUUAUUGGGAAGGAAACUCAUGCAAUGUCCACACAUUACAUGAAAUAAUUUCCUGAUGCAUGAUUUGCUGACUUUGGACAAAAGCUGAUUUUUUUUUUGUUCACCAACGAAGUCUGGAGGCAGGAAAAUGUACUCCCUUCUCCUCCACAGAGCCGAGAAAGCAUUUCUGGAUCCCAUACAAAGUGAUUCACGGCCUUACGCAGUCCCCGUAGGCCAGAAAGCCCAAAGAUGCAGACACUCUCCUCCUCUGUUUUCCUCUGAAAUGAGAGCACAGCAGUAACUCUGACAACUAGUCAGUCUCUGGCUGCUGCGUAACGAGGCUGUAGUUUAAGGUGGGGAGCAUUUUCCCUUUUGCACUUAACGGAGUACUGUGUAUUCAGGCUGGAUAUCAGUAUUUGCUUCUGUAAAUAUGAUAGUACCAAUUUGCGUCCUCCACCUGAGUCCCAUAUCUGUCUAUAUUCAUAUCUCCCAAGGAGAGAAGAUAAUCUUUAAGCUUCUGUAGUGUUAAAUAUCCCUGCCCUAACCUAAAGGCACAAAAAUAGAGUGCAAUGAACUACAGCUACUUUCUUUGAUUUAAUUUAUUUUUUUCUUUGAAAAUAUUUUUGCUUGCAUUCAGUAGUAAUGGAAAGAUAGUAUCAAUGACCGGAGAGCAGUAAAACUGUUGGGAGUUGUUUAUAAUGCCUGGAAUGACUGUGUAAGUUAGAGAUGGAAAGAGCUAGUAGAGGGCUCAGUUCCCUACACUGAACAGUGCUGGGUUACACCUGUAUUCUCCAUUAAGCUUGUGAUAUCCUAGGAUAAGUAGAUUUACCCAGCAGCAUGACACAAACUUACAGGUGAAGUUACCUGAGGUUUGGUGAUGUAUUCCAUAGGAAAAUAUUUUGAAACGGAACUUGCCACAGAAAGUGAAAAAUCCCCUCAAUAGCUACUUACACACAAUAGAUCAAAUUUCUGCAUUGUUCCCCACUUCUAAAAAGGGAGAUUUUGAAGCACAGGUGGGUUAUAGCCAGUAUUUGUAAGUUUAAUGGUUGGAGCUCUUGGGGGAGUUUUCUCUUUCUGUGGUGAAGAACAUCUGCACUUUUUCAGUGGACAGUCAUUGCAAAACUGACUCAUACAACAUUGUAAAACAUAGAGUGAUAACUGAGGAUCCCAUAGCACUUUUCUUGAAUUAAGGUGGGAUUCUGAUUGGAUGUUGAUGUUUGCAUUGGGGCAAGUACAGCCAAGGAAUGCAAACCUGCUCAUCCUGGUGCCUGGCAUCGGUCGAUGAUCUGCUCCCCGGCUCCCCUGACUUACGUGUGGCUUGCAGGCAGCUGCUGACACUACAGACACCUGUCAUGAGGCGAGAUGGAUCUUCUUUCUGGAUUGCAGCACUGAGCUUUGUGUUGUGGUUAGCAAUGGUACUUACCUCUGCUUCCAACCUGAUGCUUGUUGGGAAGUGAGGCCUUUUUUUUUCCUUUUUUUUUUUCUUUUUAUUCUAGAGCAGGUAGGCACUACAGUGAUGGGUAAUGUAACUGAUCCUUGGUUAUAAUACUGUGGCAUAAAAAUGCUUUGGGUUUUCUCAAGUAUUUUUAGAGAUGAGGUUACCAUGUGAACAUUGGACUGUGCAUAACUUAGAAUGUGUUAGGACACAUAAUAUUUGUGUCCCAGUUGAUGAAAGUAUUUCCUUAUGCUUAUUCAAUACUAGAUACCUAUCAGGAAACUCUCCCUAAAGAGUCUGCUAGAACAACAGAAGAUUCAAGUCUUCAUCUAUGCUACAAAACAAUGAACCACAACAGCUCUACUGUGAUUUUGGAAUGUUGCCCCCACCCUCCAAGUUUCAGCUUACAAAAGUAUUUCCAACCCUGCAUAGUUGGCUAUCUGCAUGUGUGCUUACAGUCUGUACAGAAAUGCACUAAAAUGAGUUGCCCUACCUGGGAAGGCUUUAUAUUGUAUAGAAAAUGUGGCACUAGGUACUGCUCUUCAUGUGCACAGGAGAGUUAACAGGUGUCAGUCUCGUUUACAGAAAUGAUGGCGCUUUGCAAUUUUCUAUAAUAUAUUGCAAUAUAUUUAAAUGUCCUGUUUGACAUGUGAAAUGAAAUUAAGUUAAUGCAUUGUUAUGUAUUUGAAGUAUGAAGAAGAUGAUUCACUAACGACCAGCAAGGUUUUUAGAAAGGUGUCCAGUAUGUAGCUGUCUGUGUGAUCUGUCUGGUGUAUGUGAUGUUAAAGGAAGCAACAAUACUGUCACUGUUUAGAAUGAAGAGUUUCUUUUGAGUGAUGCAAUAGCUUACAAUGUCUUUCCUUUGUAGCUGCCCAAUGUGGUGAAGGGGAAACAAUUCUUGAAAAAUUUCAAGAUAACUGGUUAACUGUGAAUGGGCCUAAUCUUUCGCGAAACCAAGAAAAUUUUUGGACACACACAGGACUUGAAUACUCAAAAGGAUUGGAACUUAGUGUUGUGCCAAAGUUAAACUACUGCAAUUGGCAGUUCUGCACUGUAAAUAGAAGACUGAUUAAAAGACAGCUUGUAAAAAAAAAUAAUUCAAAUUUUAAUACAGUACGUUUUUAUUCUGAUACAUGAUGGAAACAUUCUGUUUUAGACCUUUUUUGAAGAGGCUUCAGUGACCACUAGAUUUUGUCCUCUUAUAUUUUGUUUGGCCUAAUACUAUAUGUUCUAGUAAGAUGGGCUUUAUUGCCUGUGUUCUUUGAUAUGUGAUUAAGCUUAUAGCUUUGAGUGACCAAACAUUUUACAGAGUAAAAGUUCUUAGAAACAGUAUAAUGUAACUGAUAUUUCUGUGUCUUAUUUAUCAGGCUCUGCACAAACUUGGAAGGUUGUGCUGGACUUGUACAACUUAUAUAUGGGAACGCAGCAUACUUCUGGAUAUCAAAAACCUAAGCCUUUGUGGCCGAAUGGAUCUUGUCUUUGGAUUUAUUUUUGUUAUUUUUUUGAGGCAAAGAAACGAAUGGAUGCUGCUGUAAAAUAUUUGUAAUAUUGCCAUUAUUGCUUUCUGUAGCAAUUAUUGCUUUUGCUUCAACAGAUAAAGAAAAUAAAUCAGAGAUAGAAAAAUCCUAAAAGACGCUGGUAGAAAGGAUCAUGUGAGAACUUCUGAAAAUAAACUUUGUACCAAAAAUUUGAAAACAGAAA